AUGAAGGGUGGGAUGGUGACUCCUGCGGUGAAGAGGAGAUGGAAGGGAUUCGCACUUGCUGUGCUCACCCUCGUCGUCCUCUCGCUCCUUUUGCCGCUCGUGUUCCUGUUCGGGGUCCAGAGCCGCUCCUCCUAUGGUAUGCACCUAGAGCAGGGAAUGCUCCCUGGUCAUCGGAAUUCGGAAAUGCUCUCCGGAACAGAUGUUCUUGCGCUUCCGAUCCCGAGAUCUCUGACUGUUCCGGGGGUUGCACGAGUUAGAUCGGGUCCCUGCAUUGAGUUUGCCUUGCUCGAAUGUUCAAUUUGCCGUUGCCUGGUGGUUUUGAGUUUCUUGCUGGCUCAGAUCUGAAGAGUCUUGCGCUUCUCCGGGUGGUCCUGUUUUCCCUCAAAAGGUUUCGCGCUGGUGUCAGUUCUUUCUGUUGUUUGCAGGGUCUAUGCCGCCACAUUUUGCGUUUCUCGUUUUCAGUAGUUUAUGUAGAAUGAUUCCGGAUUUUUUUUCUCCAAUUCUCUGAUUACGUAUUACCCAUCCUUGCAGGAUACUUAAGUGACGACCAGUCACCUCCGGUGAGUAGCUCUCUUUGCUUUUAUGAACUGAGAUUUGCUAUUGAAUUUGCAUUUUCUGUUAUUCAUUACUGUUUCUAUUUUUGACCUUGAGCUAGGGUUCUAAUGUGCGGAGCGUUGAUGGAGUGGAUCUUCUUGAUCAUGAGAAGCCAAAGGAGGUCUCUUCUUUUGUUUUAUUCUGUCAUUUUCCUCCUUUAUCGAAUUCUCUGAUGAUUCAUCACAAGUUUUUUUUAUUCUGUUAGACAUCUGGAUACAUCUUCUUGAUCGUAGGGAGGAUAUUUAUUUUGAUGGUUUUUAUUGUAUGUGGAUCUUGUAUAGGGUGCUGGAACCAGAAUUGUGGACAGACUAGCCAGCAGUUUUAGGCCAUUCUUCCCUGAGGUUCACUAUCUAGUUUUUAUCUACUCUGCGUUUACUUCUUGGAUUUCAUCUUUGUAUAAAUAGUGGUAAAUCGCAUAGGAAUUUACUUGUAAAAACAUCAUAUUUAUCCUUUGAAUUCUUGUGAAAACAAACAUUUUCAAAAAGCGUAACGCCUUCAAGAGUGUUAUAUUCUGUAUUGUUUUGGUCUCCAUCAAAUUAUUAAAUAACAGAUCGAAUCUUCGAACCUUUUAGGAUGCAGUUGGCAUGUUUUUCUCCAAGGAUUAAGAAUGAAGAUACAAAAAAAUGGAAGAGCAUAUAAAUAAUUAUGUUUCAGAGCUUGUGCUUCACAUGUUGUUAUCUAUAAUGAUGGUAAUGCCAAGACAAAUACAAUGAAAAAAAAUGAUCAAUGCUUCAUAACGUUUCAUAUUUUCUGACUUCAUGAUGUCCAACUCCCACCUGUUAUUUUUUAGACAUUGCUACCCCUGUGGCCAAAGGCAUUGAGGGUGGCUACCUUUUUGUCAUAUGUUUUAGAUAGAGCUAGUUGAUAGGUACAGAAUCUGGCACCAUUUUUUUCUUCAUCCACCCAACUCCUACUAAAAGAUGGGGAUAUUAAUAGGGAACAAAAAUAAAUGUCAUGUUUUCUAUGUGCUUAUGUAAUGCACAUACGAUCCCUUUCGACUAUACCAGUCAGAAGGGAUGACAUUAUUCUAUAUGAAAAUGACCUCUCUUAUGUCUUAGCUUUGUUAAUGAAAUGACUGGAUUUUCCCUUACAGACGUAUGCUAGGACGUUUAGCCUUUAGCCGCUCCUUUGUAAUUUGGAUGAUGCUAUUAGUAUGAGAUUUUAAGAACCUUUUCAAUUCUCGCUUGAAUAUUCACUCAUCUAUAUUAUUUAAUUCGGUUGUAUUCAAAUCAAUAAUUUUUUCUUUCUUUCUUUCAAUGUCUGUUGUUUAAUUUUUGGAUUUUCCUUAAGGAAUAUAUUAAAUUAUGUGUCAUAUUGUUUCUUUCUUUUCUAGGAGCCAGGAAACAUCCAAAAUAGCACUAAUGUAAACUCAACUUCUUUAUUAGACGAAACUCCCAUCCACUCUGAAGGUAUGUAAGUUUAAUACGUUACUUUAAGCUUGGGUUCUAAGAUUCUUACUUAUUCCUUUCCUCUGUUUUUUUCUUUGUUGUUGGAGUCCUUUUGGCUCUUGACUGGUAUUCAAUUUGCUUUUUGGGUGCAGGCAACCACCCUCCAGCAGUUGAGAAUGAGACACAUCCUUCUCCUAGCACUGAUGUAAUGAUUCGAUUAUGAACUCAUGGAUUACUAAAACGUUCAAUCAUCCUAUGCUGAAACUUAAUGAAGUGCAUCAUUUUUAUUUUAAAAUGCAUUGAAUGAUUCAACUGAUCUAGAACGAUUCAUUUCAUCUUCCUGAAUUUCUUUUGGCGAAGGUGAAUUUCAGUUUACUUUUCAAACCUUUAUCUCUCUCAAAUAUGACCAGAAACUGUUCUAUUUUGUAUGCCCAUCUUACAUGAGAUCAUUGAUUUUCUGCGUUUCGUUAUAGUUUCUGCAGAUGACUCUUGAAUCAAAGUUUAUAUUGGUUUAAUUUCAGGUAGCCAAACCCAGUCCUGGAACAAGUACGAUCAAAAGUGAUGACGAAACUACGAUAUUAUGCCAACUUCAAUUUGGAAGCUACUGUCUUUGGUCCUUGAGAAAUAAAGAAAGAAUGAAGGAUCUUAUAGUUAAAAAAAUCAGAGAUCAGCUUUUUGUGGUCAGAGCAUAUUACCCACUUAUUGAUAAGAUUAAGGGUCAGGGGGUUUUCUCCCAGAAGGUGAAACAGAAUAUUCAAGACCACGAGCACUUGCUUGGUGGAGCUAUGUUUGAUGCCGAGCUUCCUUCUAAGUAAGUUACGAGAUAUUUAUCCUUUUUUCUCUUUUUGUUGUUCUUCCUAGAUACCUAUCUAAUCGAGUGUAUUCUGGUUUGUCUGAUUAGUUUUCCUCCCCUUUCUUCCUUCCCUCUAUAUUGUGCUGUUCAUUGUUCCUAUUUGAAUUUAUAAAAUUUUGGUAUACAACAUUACAGUGGACAGUUGAUAGUUUCUCGCUCUAUACUAUAAAUGGAGUACUGGCUUCUUUUUUUCCCCCCAAGGUUCUGUCUCAUUGGUAAAACAUUUGGACUGUUUCUUACAGUUCAAUUGUCUUCUGUGAAUGCAAUAUUGUCUCUGCUCUUACCCAUUGGGGAUAGACUUAUCAAAAACAUCAUGUAUCUCUGUUUUUGUUUUGACGAAAUUCACGUCAUAAUGUCAAUGAACGUUUUGACAUCAAGACGUCAAAUAGUAGAUGAAAGUGCCUGGAAAAUGUUCUCAAAAACAUGAAAACCCCUACUAUUUACACUUUUGUUGUGAGACUUGCCAUACUUUGAGGCGUCUUUCGGCAAAUACAAUGUUAGUCUGACUGACGAAUCUAAAUUCGAUGCCCUCAUGCCGAGACUCACUUGAGAGGAAGUUAAUAUGCUUGCCUUCACUUUUGAUGCACGAUAGUGUAAUGAUAUGAAAACCUCUGAUAUCUGAUUCUCAGUAACAUGGUCAGGGAAUCUGGUGUUUGAUGUGGAGAUUGGCAACAGAAUGGACAGAUAUGAUAUGUCGUUGUUUUUCCUAUGCAAUAUUUCACUUUAAGUUUUCGCUUUCCCUUGUAGUCAUGAGACAAUAACUACUUGGACUAGUUACGUGGGUCAUUUUUGUUACUUCUGAGAUUCUCCAUACAUUCCAGAUUCUUAGUUUUAAAUCUUGACGGGUGGAGCGAUUUGGAAUUUGGAUGCAUGUUCUUUACGAGUCGUAUUGAUAUUCUUCUGGUCGUGCUUCUAGUUUUGAGGAGAGAAUGCAGACGAUGGAAGAUGUGAUAUCCAGAAGCAAAUCAUUACAACCGGACUACAAUUAUGUUGAGAAGAAAAUGAGGCUAAUUCUUGACUGGGCAGAGGAGGAGGCGAAAUUUUAUGCGAAGCAGGGUGCAUUUCUUUAUCAACUCAGCGUUCAGACCGUGCCCAAGAGUCUCCACUGUCUGUCAAUGAGAUUGACUGCGGAAUCUUUCAAGAUUUUACCUGUUGAUGCAGAGGAUGCGCAUGCUGAAAGGCUUAGUGACCCAGAUCUUCAGCAUUAUGUUAUUUUUUCAAAAAACGUACUGGCAUCUUCUGUCGCUAUUAACUCAACAGUCACAAGUGCAAAGGUAACUAAUCAUGUCAUCAUCAACGUACAUACUUUCCUAUGCUCAUCACUUUAUUAUUAGGUGUCCGCGCUCAUCUUCUCUCAAUUGGUUUCUUGCGGAUGUCCCACGACAUUGUUUUCAUAAACUCAUCUACUAAACAUCCAGCACCCCUUAUUGUCGCAAUUUCCUUUUUUUUUUAUUGGGUCAUCGAAAAAUUAACAAAUAUUCCUUCCAAUCGUGCAGGAAACUAAGAACUUGGUUUUUCACCUGCUCACCGAUUCUCAGAAUUACUUCUCUAUGAAAUUCUGGUUUUCAAAGUACACUUACAAGAACGCUGUGAUUGACGUUCAGAACAUUGAAGAGUUUGGCUUGCAAUACCCUCAUGGGUUCGGCAUGGAACCUCACCUGUCAAUGUUCGAGGAGUUCCGAAUUUUCAUUAGAAAUAACGGUCAACCACGAAUUGAGCACAUCCCGGUUUUCGGUCACGUGCAUUUUCUUCUUCCGGAUUUAUUCAAGAAGCUUAGAAAGCUGGUGGUCUUGGAUGACGACAUUGUCGUCCAGAAGGACUUGUCACAUCUAUGGAACCUUGAACUAAAAGGUAAAGUGAUUGGUGCGGUGGAGUACUGUGGAAUGCGACUGAGUCAUCUGAAAGGCAUGCAUGGCGAAACGAACUACAACAAGGACACCUGUGUUUGGAUGUCUGGAUUGAACGUAAUAGAUCUGGACAAGUGGAGAGAGCUCAACCUAACUGGCACCUACACGCAGCUGCUUCAUGAGGUAAGUGGCUUGGUUGUUUCAUUCACUGCACGUCAUUGCUAGUUUCACUGCCUUCACAAUGAAUGAAUAAUUUAAUUCUUAAUGCAAAAUAUGGGUCACAGAUUAGUUCAUCAAACUCCUGAUUGGAAACGUUUUCACUCUGGAAAAUCACCCUCCCGCGGAUGAGACCUUUCCAGAUUUAGGUUCUUCCAACUUGUCAUCAACGAAAUGCAGACCGAGGCAGAAGCUGGUCAAGCCUCACCUCAUUUUACAUGCAACCUAUCUUUUAUUCCAAUCAAGGAGAGAUUAUGCCCUAAAAAGAUGGAGAGAGAUGCCCUAGACACGUGUGACUGAAAAUCAUAGGUGUGCAGAAGAACUAGAGGAACCCUAAUUCUAGAGGAACGCGUUAUGAUUUCAUCCGAAUUAUUCUUGCUUAGCAUCGGGUCUGAGUAUCCAUCUGAAUGUUCCUCCUGACAUCUUCGCUGGGUCUUUCCAGAAUCUGAAUCUGCGAGAGAAAACUGCCACCUCUUGGAGGGACGCCGUGCUGCCCACAGCCAUGCUCACCUUCCAGGGUCUGGUUCACCCCUUGAACAGCUCGUGGGUUCUGUCAGGGCUUGGAGCUAGCUAUGAAGUUAACACAGAGGGCGUUCAGAGCGCAGCAGUCCUGCAUUACAAUGGGAACAUGAAGCCCUGGCUGGAGCUCGGAGUCCAGAAUUAUAAGACCUACUGGAAGAGAUUCCUUAUAAGGGGGGAUCCAUUCAUGGCUGAUUGCAAUGUAAACCUGUGAUAACCCAUGCAUUCUGGGGCCCUGGAACUAGAGAUCAAGAGCUCAUGAUGAUGGUGCCCUUGAAGAAGAAGAUAAUACUACUUGCUCCCGGCCGCUCUAAGAGGAUGCUUCCCCUGAAUGUAAUGGACCCUGAUUAGAGACCGAGAUUGAAGAUCAAGAGUGACUCUGUGGAGACCCAAAUUGGUGAUCCAUUGUCAGCAUGGGAGAUCUUGUGGAGGCUUCAUUCUGCAUGCAUAUAUGGGAUUCUGGUGAAAGGGAGAUCUUCGUCCAAAAAGGAGAGCUUUUUACAUGGAGAGGUGAAUUUCUAUGGUUGCAUUUUAUUUUUGUAAUGUAAUCUUUUCUGAUUUUUGGCUCCUCGAAUUUGAGUAGCAGCCAGUCGUACACGGUAAGUCCUAUUUUUUUAUUUUUAGGUGGGGGAAGUGGGUUGUUCUGGCAUUGUUGAUUCUUUAGGUGCCCUAAUAUUUUUUAAAGCAGUUUGUUGGGUCCUGAGGCGUUGGGGGCUUCUUCUGUCGAUCUCAUCAUCUUCUUGGGUUUCUGAGGGUCCCUCCUACAACAUCUGUUGUGGUUAUUAGGGCACUUGGACUUUCCCCAUUUAAGCUUCAAUAUCCGUUAUGGCAGUAUUAUAUUGAUCUUCAUUUGGAGAAAAGUUUGGCUGAUUCUGUGAUGGCCCACCUUUCUCUUUCUUUCUAUAUAGGGGAGAGAGAGAGAGAGAGAGAGAGAGAGAGAGAGAGAGAGAGAGAGAGAGAGAGAGAGAGAGAUGGACUAAAUCCAAGUCUUAUAGGAUUAAUUUGUCAGACGUUUCAGCAUAUUUUCUGUAUGAUCAAGUUUGAGUGAUGUAAGAACUUGGGUUCUCGAGAAAAGCUAGUUCUCCUAUGAGGAGAUGAUGUUGUAACCUCAGCUUUUGACUUAGAGCCCUGGAAGCAUACUUCUUAAGUACUAUUCUCCUACUUGAUUUUUUUUUUAAUAAUAUACGGACUAAUUUGGAAAAGAAAUGUGUACUUAAGUUCUAAGGUUUUUUAGAGGAUAAACCAUCCAUCUAUUUAACUGGCACAUUUUCUUAAUGCAUUUGCUUUAGAUAACCCUAAUUUUACACCCAUCUUUGUCUCUAUUUUUCCUUAUUCUGAUGAUGGAAGUUAGUCUAUGUAUGUCUAGUAUUGAAUGCAAGUAUUGAAUGUAUGUCUAGACUGUACCAGACAUAA